CGCAGACUCUUCUCUUCCUCUUCUUUCCCAAAAACCAUCCUUUUACACAUAUUUUCAGCAUAGGCACUAUGGCAACGCUCGACAAGCAAAAGUGGAAUGUGCAGGGCAUGACCUGCCACUCGUGUGUGCACUCGAUAGAGCAGACACUGGGCGGCGUCGACGGGCUGGUCUCGUACGACGCGGUGGUGGUCUACGACCCGGCCAAGGUCACUGCAUCAGAUAUAACAACGACAAUCGAGGACUGCGGGUUUGACGCUGCUCUCGACGGCACCACAUACAAGCAGACAACGCUGGGCUCGUGCGUCAAGAGCAUAAAGCAGGCGCUGGCCGAGGUGGUAGGGAUCACAGAAGUUUCUGCAACGAGCGUCCAGACGAUCGUGGACGCGAUAGAAGACUGCGGGUUUGACAUGGACGUUGCGGCCGGCAAGUCCGAGAGUGGGCAGGGAAAGGUUUGUGUCGGGAUUACCGGAAUGACUUGCCACUCGUGCGUGACUUCGGUGACCAUGGCCUUGGAGGACACCGCUGGUGUGCAGAAGGUCUUUGUCGAGCUGGAACCCCGCGGACGAGCCGAGGUCGAGUUUGAUACCAGCGAGGCGACCAUUGAUAACAUUGUUGCGGCCAUCGAAGACGCCGGGUUUGAUGCGGCGGUGGAGCAGGGCGAUACGGAUCAUAAGCCAGUGCCACCGCAAGGCCGACCGCUGCUGGUAGGGAGCCCGCUCAACAGCGAGACCACAUCAGAGUUCCCUGACGACAAUGUCGAACAACCGCUGCUGGCAUCGGGAUCCGGGUCCAUGCGGAAACCCAAGGAACGCAGCCACAAACAAUCGGGCUACUCGGUCUCGAGCACAAGGUCCGGCGACACGUUGCUUAACAACUCCUCCAUCAACACCACCACCCAGUUUGAGGUCCAUGGCAUGACAUGCUCGUCGUGCGUGGCCUCUAUUGAGCGGGGGCUCAAGCGCAAAGCUGGCAUCAUGUCCAUUAGCGUAUCGCUGCUGGCACAGCGCGCGACGGUCGAGUUUGACACACAGCGGGUCACACCCGACGAGAUAAUCGGGUGGAUUGAGGAUAUGGGGUUCGAGGCGAAGCGCGCCGACGAGACGCCGGCUAGCGCAAAGAUCACAUUGAACGUGUAUGGCAUGACAUGUGCGUCGUGUGUAUCGCUGAUCGAGCGCUCGGUGCGGCGUGAGCCAGGAGUCGAGUCGGUGGCUGUUAGCCUGCCGAUGGAGACAGCGGUGAUCGAGUAUCGUCCGUCGGAGGUUGGCGUGCGUCGGCUGGUAGCUGUAGUAGAGAGCACAGGCUUUGAUGUCCUGGUGGCAGACACGACCAAGAACAACACACAAAUCGAGUCACUGCAGCGUACCAAAGAUAUUCUAGCCUGGAGGCAGCGGUUCUGGCGCUCGCUGUGGUUCUCGCUGCCGGUCAUCUUCGUUGCCAAGAUCGCCCCACAUAUCCACGUUCUGAGCUCGUUCUUCAUGACCCGGCUCAUCCCCGGCCUGCCGCUGGGCUCGCUGGUCCAGCUGGUUCUGACCACACCGCUGCAGUUUGUCAUAGGUGCCAAAUUCUACCAGAACGCAUUUAAGGCUCUGCGUCACGGCAAUGCCAACAUGGAUGUGCUGGUGACCACUGGUACAUCGCUAGCCUACUUCUUCUCGCUGUUCAUGCUGCUUUGGUCGGUACUUCACGGCAAGCACCCAAAGCCACACUGCUUCUUUGAAGCGCCCGCGAUGUUGAUCACGUUUGUGUCGCUGGGCCGGUACCUUGAGAACAUGGCCAAAGGAAAUGCAUCUGCUGCACUUUCGACGCUGAUGACGCUGACACCAUCGCAGGCGACCCUGAUCACGUAUGACGAAGACGGCCGGAUCGCUAGCGAGAAGCAGAUCCCGACAGAGCUGAUCCAGCUCGGCGACAACCUUCGUGUGUUCCCUGGUGAGCGGGUCCCGGCUGACGGCACUCUGCUUGAAGGUAACUCUGAGGUUGAUGAGUCGACAAACCCCGGCUCCAUGCUGGUGGCUGGUACUGUGAACUGCACGGGCUCAUUCACGAUGAAGGCAUCGCGGGUCGGCUCCGAGACCACACUGGCGCAGAUUGUGCAGCUGGUUGAGGAUGCCCAGACUACCAAGGCGCCGAUCCAGGCGUAUGCCGACAAGGUUUCCCAAUACUUUGCACCCGCUGUUUUGUGCAUUGGCUUUGCCACGCUCAUUACCUGGGUCAUCGUGUCGUACACGUCGCUCCCCAAGCCUGCCAUAUUCGAGGCAGAGGCCCAGGAGACUGGCAGCUACAUGGUCGGAUGCCUGAAGAUCGCUGUGGCUGUUGUCGUAGUCGCCUGCCCCUGUGCUUUGGGCCUGAGCACCCCUACUGCUGUCAUGGUCGGCACUGGUGUUGGAGCGCAGCUUGGUGUGCUUAUUAAGGGUGGUGAGGCACUGGAGGCCGCCAGCGGCAUCGACGUGGUGGUGUUUGACAAGACUGGCACUUUGACGCAGGGCAAGCUCGCUGUAGCGGAUCUGGAUUUUGUGCCGUCAGUCAGCGGGCUGCACCUGUCGCAGCGCGGCUUUGCACUGCUGGCUGGUGCGGCCGAGGCUGGCUCUGAGCACCCGCUUGGCCGUGCCAUCCACUCCUAUGCACAGUCCAUGCUGAACUCGCAGGCGUUGCCAGCCCUAUCGACCAACUUUGACUCGAUUCCUGGCCAAGGAAUCAAAUGCCAUGUCAUGCCCGAUAUUGGUGCCGGUGCAGAGUACGCUAGCGAGUUUGCUGCCGGUACCGAGGUGCUGGUUGGCAGUGCGGCAUUCUUGGGCAACCAGGGCGUGCACUUGCCGGCUGGCUACCGUGAGGCCAAGACUCGACAGGAGCGCAUUGGGCGGACGGUGGUCCUGGUUGCUAUUGCUGGCGAGUACGCUGGCUGGCUGGCGCUGUCCGAUGUCUUGCGACCUGAGGCCAUCCCGGUGAUUGCGACCCUGCAAGACUCGCUGCACAUCGAAUGCAUCAUGGUCACUGGCGACCAGCCGUUGACUGCGCAGGCCGUGGCUGCCGAGUGUGGAAUCCGCCGUGUCUAUGCUGGUGUAUCGCCGGCAGGCAAGGCUGCAAUUGUGCGCCAACUGCAGAACGAGACUACUAUUGUCAAGCGGCACUGGCUGCUGCGUCCGUUCUCGAAACACCAGCUCAUACACAAGCGCGUGGCGAUGGUUGGAGACGGCGUCAAUGACGGUGCUGCGUUGGCUGCUGCUGAAGUCGGUAUUGCAAUGCGCUCGGGCACAGAUGUCGCCAUGGAGGCAGCCACUAUGGUGCUGAUGCGCGAAGAUAUAUCCGAUGUUGUGGCGGCUCUGGACCUGUCGCGUACCAUCUUCAACCGCAUCCGCUGGAACUACGUGUGGGCCAGUCUGUACAAUAUCCUGGGAAUCCCGCUGGCCAUGGGUCUGUUUAUGCCCCUGGGAAUUGUGCUGCCGCCUGUGUUUGCUGGUCUGGCCAUGGCCAUGAGUAGCCUCACUGUGAUGGCCAGCAGCCUGCUGCUGAAGCUGUACAAGAAGCCAAUCUGCAGCAUGCCUAGCGCCACGGCCUUGCCACUCGAGUCCUCUGAGCGGGGGCGGGCGAAUAACCAGAACGGCGAGUUUGUCGUUGACAUGUCGGGCAUCAUUGAUGACGAUGGCACAGCGUUGGAGCUGGAUGUCAUGUCGAGCGACGAUAUUAUGUAUGGGGAUGACAUGACGGCAUCGCUGUCGCCUGAGGCAGGGUACUUUAGCUUCCCAUCGUCCUCGCGGCACGCAUAUGAGCCGAUUUCGCAACACUAGCUGGUUUUUAAACACUUUCCAAGAACCAAUACAUCUUUUUGUAUUGGAUAAUGGCAUCACUGUUUGAUUUGCAAACUAUAUCUCACAGUGCUUUGAUGAAGAUGUGCCCACUUUUCGUCGCCCAUCAUAUUUCCUCUCUAUAUCCGAUUCUAUAGUCCAGAAUAGUAUCUGGACUGCUCGCUUAGAGCAUUUUUUUAUUGACUGAAGGAAUUCAUACUCUUUUGAGCCUCACAACGAGCGUGCAUGACUCGCUCUGUGAACACGUAAAAACCAGCGUUCUCUCUUUUACCCAAUGGUAUUCAGAUCUUAAAUAUAUCCUCAAAGUACUGGACAAGAUCGAACCUGGAACUUUAUAUCAAAGCGCUAUUCGCUUUAGUUCUGUAUUUUGUAG